AAAUGGCAAACAGCUACGGCAAUUGCAAUAAAUGUCAAUGUAGCAGCUCGUUCGUUGCACAUUUGCAAUUGCCAAAAAUAGUGGAAUGGUUAAUAAACGUAAAACCAAAAAGUGCACUGUAAAACGGUAACCAGCAGCGUGAAAGCUACGCGAUGCAGACUUGCAGUUGUGAUUUCAAUAUAUUCACAUACAUAUGUACAUGUACACAGACCAACUUGGGUUGUACUGGUGGCAUUUAGCGUCGCUGUUGUUAUAAUUGACCAUUCAUUUAAUGUGCCUUUUGAAUUCCAAGGAUACCAUUGGUGUGAGAAAUCUCUCCAUAAGCUCAUAUCUAAAGAUACGCAAUUGGAACAACUAACCGAAGAAGGAACCAUUGACUUAGGUGCAGCAAUAUGGGCGGAGAUAGUGGUAUUUUUAGGAUGCUCAAAAGUUUUACUUGUGGAAACGAAUAAGCAAAUAAAGCAGAAAGAAAUGGCAGAAGAAGAAUUAAUAAAACAAGAACAAAAUAUAAAGGAGUCGGUGGAAAUUUUGCAGAAUAUAUUAAAUCAGCAAGCUAUUUAUAUUGAACAGAUAAUAGUGGCCCUUGAAGAACUUGGAAAACCAAUCAAGCGCAUUCCGCUUACAUCAACAUAAAUUAUUUAACCUCAAAAUUAAAUAAAAACAAAAUAUUGCUCGGUCUCUAAUAAAGAAUUAUACAUACGAAAGAACUUCUCAUUUUAUAUACACAUUCAUUUAACUUCUCAAUAUUUGAAGAGUAUUUUGAUCUUAAAAAAUCGAUUGUUUACUAAUUUGAAAAGAAUGGUGUUAAUUGCAUUACCAAUUUUAAAGUUGUGUUUGCUGGGUAUGCGGCAACUAUCACGUCCAAUUAGUAAUUUCGUACGUAAGGAAGCAAAACAAAGCGAAAUAUUUCGGAAAUACAUUUGUAUACCACCCGCUCAGUGUUUUCACUGGUGUGAAGUUACGCUAAAGAUGUUGCUAUUGAACUUAGGUCGACCGGUUAAGGUGGUGCCACUCAACGAAACAAUGGCCCUUGAAUUGGGCGCUGAACUAUUGGGUGAAUUAAUUGUAUUCGCAGUAGCAGCUGCGGGUUUGAUUUUUGAAACGAAAAGGCAAUCUAAGAAAAGAGAUUUUGAAAUGAAAAGUGUGAAUGUCCACAGUACAGAUCUGAUUGAAGCAACAAAAGUAUUAGAAUAUCGACAGCAGAGGCAAAAAAUGUAUAUUCAGGAAAUCGCGCAAGCUUUGGCCGAACUAAACAGCCCCAUCAAUAUAAAGAAAUUGGAAACACGAAAAACUAAAUAUUCAAUAAAGAAAAUGAAAGGCGUCAUAUUUGUUUUUGUAUUUUGCGCUGCUACAUUGUUCACACAGACCUCUACGGAGGUAAUAUAUCCAGAACCUAUUCUAUUGGAAAAGGAGAAGUCAAACGCGGCAGGGCGCAUUCCACAUUACUCUCCAUCCCGCUGUAAGUCUAAUGAGCUGCUUUACCCGGGCGAUCAUGCUGAUGACUGGAUUUGCGACUGUGCACCAGGUGCAUUAUACUAUCCCGACUCGGAUUCCUGUUAUCCCGCCUUCCGACGUGGUCCUUGUGAAGCUGAGCACAUGCUUAUUUUGGCACGCAAUGAAGUUUUACCGCAAUGCAUAAAGAAUGAUUGUAAAGUGGAUGGAUUGGUGAAAAUUAACAAUGUCUGCUAUAAGAUUGGCGAUUCUGCUCCAUGUCCAAAUGCUCAAUUGUCGUACGUGCUGGGUGUUAAUACGGCGACAUUGAUGUUGGAUUGCAUAAAGUUGUCGAUUUCUGUGAAGACGCGCGUAAGCUUGCUGGAUGAUGAUGAACCGGAUUAUGAUCUGAGCAAAGUUGAUUUGUGUGCGCGCGGUUCGCAACGAUCGAUAGAAGGCACUUGUACGCCCAGUGUUAAAACAGAGUGAAAUCCAAAUGGAAUGCCACGAAUUUUCAAUAAUAAAAAGUAGUGUAUUUUUUUUAUAAACUCUUCACAUAAUAAUAGUUUAUAGUUAGUUCAUGCGUACAAGAUUUGACUUUUUCUUUAAAACUGAACUAAACAAUAAUUUUAAUUAAA